UCCUCCCCCUCCGGAGGACAAAGACUAAAAUGGGUCAGACUCCAUCAUGUCAGUGGAUCAUUGGCAGGAGCAAGAUGCUGCUGGUGAUUCCACACCAGUCUGAUUCCUGAAGCAUCAGCAUGACGCCGUUCAUCCUAUCACCUCGGUCCAGUGCUCCAUGAACACAAGAGGCCGCUUAUUUCAGACGCGUUUGUUGUGGAGGGGGGGAUUUGAAGAUUCGAGCCAUCUUCUCAUCUGAGCCCGGGAUGGGUGACGCUUCCUUUUCUCCAGCAGCUGAUGUGAUUCCACCGCUUCCUUUGAGCGAUGCUACACUCUCGAUGAAGCCCCAGGAGACCGACUAAAGUCUGCCGACCCUUCAGAGAAGUUGAGUGUCUCAUGGAGGACAGUUUGCUGUGUCGACUUGCUCCAUCGUGAAUCUCUACUUUACCUUCUUGGACUCUGAGGUGUUUUCCGACCACCAGUUAAUCAUCCACCACCAUGACCCCCUUUGUGUCCUCACCUCCAUCACGGAUCCUCAGACUACUACUCACUGCCUGCUUACUGGCACUUGCUGCAGCAUUAGAACCAGAGACAUGUUUCUCUAGGCAGCACCGGGAAGCUAUCGUCAACGUCAGGCUGGCGCUCAGCAAGCCAGGGACCGCCAUGGAUGCACGGGUGGUCCAGUCAGAGCGAGACUGUGUUUUGGCCUGCUGCUCAGAGGAGGUCAAACCAGGGUCCAAGUGCAAUAUGGCAGUAUUUAACGGCAACAAAGAGGCCGGCGAUGACAACUGCUUCCUGUUUCACUGCCACACUGAACAGGACUGUCCACUGAUGAAGGCUGAGAGUGGCAUAAACACCAACGACAUUUACAAAGGCUUACUCCAUCCCACCACUCUGAGACCUGUUACCACGACAACUACCACCACAACACCUGCACCUCCUCCUCCUACAACCACUCAACCCACCACCACCACCACAACAACAACCACAACAACUACAACAACCACAACCACAGCAAAGCCAAAAGUGAAAACUGUGCCCCCCACCACGAUCAUGCCAACAUCGACCACAACAACAGCAGCAGCUUCAACAGUACACCUCACACUAGUGGAAACCACUGACCCCUUCCCCGCCUCUUCCUCCCCACCACCUCCUCAACCCCCUAUCAUCAUUGCCACCAUGCCUCCAGUGACUUCAGCGCCCAAAACGACAACAAGAAUGACGACAGUGAGGACAACUUCCACCGCAACUCGGAAGCCAAAUAAAAUGAGCAAAAAGUUAAACAAAGGCCGAAAAGGAAAAGUUCACACCGUCGACAUCAGCCAGCCGGUCCAGGGCUCUGUGACAUCCCUUCCAGUUGUCACAACUGUCAGUAAAGCUACGACAAAGAGAACUACCACUCCCUAUCCAACGACGUUAGCCCCCACGACUACCACUACUGUUGCUGCUACAACUACUGCUGCUACUACUACUACUACGACAAUGACAACUACCACCCCUACACCUACUACCACAACCCCUCUGACAACUACUCAAAAAGCAACUACUACCACAACUCCUCCUACAACUACUACUCAAAAAGCAACUACCACUACCACCACAACUGUAGCUCCCACUACUUCUACUACCACCACUGCAAAGACAAGCCUUGUCAUUGUUCCCAAAGGUGCAGUCCUCUCAGAUAAUGCCCUCCAGAACCCGUCCGUCACUCAUGGUAAGGCAAUAGCAGCGCGCGGGGCACUGAAAAGUGGAGUCGUGGCGUUUAUGGUCUUGGGCCUCGCCGUGCUCACCAUGGCACUCGCAGUGGGUGGCCGAAAAGCAAUGGAGUCCUUUGACCGACGGCAUUACACAAGACUAGAGCUUAAUGAUCUACACUAUGAGGUGUAAUGCAACACAACGUGUGGACAGCGAUGUGACAUUAAGCUCUCUACAGCACAAAGUUGCUUCAUAAUUGAAUGUUGACGUCAUGGCUGAAGGGUCAUUCCUUUCCUUUGCGUUCACAUUUCACCGCACAUUUGUUUUCUUUGUAGGUCAGAGCCUCCACUUUUACAAUUAUGUUUGACUGUCUGUGUGACAAGCAUUACUUUUUUGUCAUGGCCUAGAGAUAGAGACCACAAUUACACGAUUGGAUCACACUUCUUUUGUUCACUUUGAAGGGAAGAUUUCAUAGCAUACUUGUUUUCACAUUACUAGCCUCAGUUGACUCUUCAAUCGAUGGUAUAGCAUACUGCGAAAGUAUGGUAUUCUGUUGCGGGUUUUUCAGACCAACACCUUCCUAUUCAUUUUCAGGUUAAGAUGCCAUUUAAAUGAGAAAUGUCUCACCUAUCAUAUGUUUCAUACACAUUCCUCAAGCUAGGGCUAAUUUUACUAAAGCUUAUGGCAACAACUCAGCUUUAAUUAGCAUGGCUAUGCUAAGUUAAUGCAGGCAGUGGGUUUUGUAAGGCUUCCAAUGGGACACUAGGUUGAUUUCAAGACACAUAUUCUUGUAAUCCUGUGCUUUAUUGUACCCCUUUCAGUGGUUGAGCAGAACUGGGUUUUG